UUGUCUGAAAUUGCUUUAAAUUUAGAAGGGGCUUUCAAGAAGAUCAAAACCGAAGGAACAGCCAUUUACUCAUCCUCAGAGACUUCCAACGUCGCUUCAACGCCGGCAAGGCGCCGUCACCGUACCACUUUCACCCAGGAGCAACUGCAGGAGUUGGAAACGGCUUUCGGCAAGAGCCACUAUCCGGAUAUUUACGUGAGGGAAGAACUGGCCCGUGCAACGAAACUCAACGAAGCUCGAAUUCAAAUCUGGUCGCGUCACACGAUGAUCAUCCUCUCAUUGUUCCUCAAUCGAUGGCCGAUCGCUGACCUGACGGCUGCCAUCGCUUUAGCGUUAAUCCGGCUUAGUUCUGGUGUUGCCCAUGACCGAGACCGAUCUGGUGCGCUUCGUGCAACCUGA